GUGACCUUCAAACCACGUAACUAAACAACCACCAACCUGGACUUUUGACAUUAUACAUACCUACCAAUCAACAACAGACAUGAACGCCCAGCCAUCAAAGUGUCUUGGUCAAUAGCACUCACCAACAUGGCGGGCACAGCUCAGCAACCCCUGAUGGGCGCUGAGGUCUCGGAUGAGGAGGAUGAAGUUGAGGUGGAGCUAGGCGAUGUAUCGCUGCUGCUAGAGAAGAAUCUUAAACACCCUGGGAUCUUUGUCUGGCUUCUUACGUUCUCGGCUGGUAUUAGUGGGUUGCUGUUUGGGUGUGAGUUAUCUCUUUUCUUCCUAUAUAACUGAGUUGAUCGGUCAACUGGUCGCGUCCUAAAUCAAAGUUAAAUUUGAAGCUGACACCUAUAACAGACGACACAGGCGUCAUAUCAGCAACACUAGUCUCUAUCAAUACCUCUCUAGGUCAUCCGUUGACGACUCUGGAUAAGAGUCUUAUUACCUCAGCCACUGCCCUUUUUGCCCUCUUCAUCUCGCCCGUUUCUGGGAUCUUGGCGGAUCGGUGGGGUCGUAAGAGGGUUGUGCUGCUUGCUGAUUUGGCCUUCAUUUUGGGCGCGCUGCUGCAGGCCUUUACUGGUAAUGUGGUGGGUAUGAUUCUUGGACGGGCGGUCGUGGGUGUUGCAGUGGGCGCUGGGAGUUUUGUUGCACCGCUGUAUAUUGCGGAGUUGAGUCCUGCUCCUUUUAGAGGUAUGUUUGUGUUGUGUUCUUCUUCUGGUUCUGCCUUUCUGUUUUCUUCUCAGGUUGGUGGAACUAUUCGGGCCUGCCAUCAAUAUGCAGUCUGUUGAUAGCAAAGUCCCGAGGACAGUAUCUUAAGCAGACCUCACAUUUUGGAGCAAGCAGGCUGACGAAGUACUUGGUACAUAGGAAGGCUAGUAACUUUGAACGUCUUGUUCAUCACCAUAGGACAAGUAAUUGCCUACGUUGUAGGGUUUGCCUUUAUUGAAUGGGGUAAUCCUGCCACAAACUGGAGAUGGAUGGUAGGCCUUGGUGCUUUGCCAGCUGCUAUCCAAAUUAUUGUUAUGCUCUUCAUGCCAGAAACACCAAGAUGGCUUGUCAUGAUUGGCAAAAAUGAGGCUGCACGAGUGGUGCUGAACAAGGUGUUUGGGAAGGGGAUGGAUGUUCAGUCUAUGGUUGAUGGCGUGCUGAGAGGCAUUGGGAAAGAGGUCAAAGAGGAGGAAGCUGCCAAAAAAGGCAGGUUAAGAUCCCAAGCAAAGAAGGAGAACGAUGCUUGGUUUGCUGCUUCAAAAGACCUUUGGACGGAGCUUCUUCGCAUAGGGGCCAACCGAAGAGCAUUAACAAUUGCAUGUCUGCUCCAGGGGCUGCAGCAGCUUUGUGGAUUUGUAAGUACAAUAUCUCCUCCUCCCUACUGCCACCUGCUAACUCGGUGUUAUAGAACUCGCUGAUGUACUUCUCCGCGACCAUAUUUACGCUUCUUGGUUUCUCGAGUCCGACAUUGACAUCCCUUUCUGUCGCUGUAACGAAUCUGGUUAUGACAUGUAUUGCGUUGAUCCUAAUCGAUCGUAUUGGAAGACGUCGAAUACUACUCUGGUCGGUCCCAACCAUGGUCAUUGGUCUCCUGUUCUGCGCGGCCGGUUUUGUCUUCAUCUCUCUUCCAGCAGAUUUGAACGCGGUCAAUCCUUCCUCAUCUGCCUCAGCAUGGGAAAAGGUUCCAUUAUCGGAGCGUACCGCGCCUCUACUCGUCCUUGUCAGUGUAAUGAUCUACGUCGCCGCCUACGCUCUUGGAUUGGGAAACGUACCAUGGAUGCAAAGCGAACUUUUCCCUCUCAAUGUACGCUCUCUAGGCUCAGGAUUAAGCACAAGUACCAACUGGGGCGCCAAUUUUGUUGUAGGCUUAACUUUCUUGCCUAUGAUGGAGUUCCUCACACCGGCGUGGACCUUCGUCAUAUAUGCUGCAGUAUGUGUUGCCGGCUGGGUAUGUAUCUGGCGUAUCUAUCCCGAGACGAAGGGCUUGAGUUUAGAAGAGGUUGGCGUGUUAUUGGAACAUGGUUGGGGCGUGAAAGAGAGCCUGCGAAGAGUCGAGUGACCUUGCUGGCUCUUCUGUGGAGUCAUGGGUCAUCCAUAUCCCAUCCUCUUCCGAUCGGACCAGGGGGUUGGCUUUAGCGCGUUGUUGGUCUGCCUUACUGCUGGCCGCACGCUAGCGAUUGAUUUACUAUUCGUAAGUUUCUAUUUUUUACUUUUACGUUUUCCUUUUCUCCUGAAGGUUUCCUGGCUUAUAGAUGUGCUUUUGUGUUAUAGUCCAUUUUACUUGAAUAUAUUUUUCUAAGUACGAAGAGAGCUUGAUCCUUAACCUAUCAUCUAAUUGAUGGAAUGACAAUACUACAUAAACUUUGGUGACAGAUUCAUACUGUCACUCAGACCGCCAGUUGAGGUCUCAGCCCCUGGUCUUUCGCUAGAACUUUGCAAUUUCUGCGGAAAAAAAUUCGAAAAUAAGUAAAAUCUCUUCAUUAUUUAUUUAUUUAUUUAUUUAUUACUAUUUAACG